AUUUGCAGAGCGCUUUACAGUUGCACAAGACGCUUGCUGAUAAAGAACACCUCAUUCUUGCAGCCAGUGAGUUUUAGCCGAUCAUAAUAGAGCUAGACAACGAGUGCUGGGAAAAAAAGCUGUCUCUGUUGACUGAUGUAAGUGAAUUGAGCAAUUAUCUACUUUACCCUCUCCUCCAGGAAGGUAACGAUUGGUGAGGUCUGGUCUGCGUUAUUGACACAACACGUUUUAUUGAGCAAUUGGGGGAGACUUAAGUGCUGAUUGUCCGGAGUCAGCGUUAACGCGAAGGGAGCUGCGAGGGGCUGGCGUGGACGCAGACUGUAUCAGAUGAUGUGCUUUCCUGCAGGUCAUUGAGAAGAAUCCAAAGGAACAGCCAGACUCGACACAAAAGUGCUUCUAAGAUAUGGAAAGUGCACGCUUCCACUCAGCGGGAAUACUCACUUCACCCUCCGCUUCUGGAAACAUACCUGCUGGAGAAAAUAUGAUAGCCAUUACUAAGCCCCUGGCUUUUUCGAUCGAACGGAUUAUGGCCAGGACACCGGAACCAAAGUCGAUACCUACUCCAAACGUGUACGAGGCGCACCUAAACAAAGUGGAUCCAGCUCAGACGAUCCAAGUAAAUCCAUCCUCGCUCCACUGCAUGAUACCUUUCGUUCCCCUGGCAUACGAACCGGGGCACAAACUAACCGCCCCUGGAUCCGAACCGAAUCAGUUUGAUGCUGUCUCAUGUAACUCCAACGAAUUAGUAAAUAUUGGUUUAAAUUAUAAAAAUGAACUUUCGGACGUGAGCCCGUCAGUGGCGCAAUAUAAACUUUUUCGACCACGGGUAAUAAAUCAAUCAUCUUUCCACGCAAUGGGGACUGUUUGCUACCUGAACUGCGGGGAGAGCUCCUGUCCACCUCCGGCAAGUAUCCUCAAUCUACACCCCAUGGCCUCCUACAUCUUCAACUCGCCGCUUCAUGGGCGCCAAAAAACAUUCCUCUCGGAGAAAAGCAAACUCGCUCACUGUGCUGAAAGGUACUCAUCUGGAGUUACUUUCAAAGAUUUAUCCCAAAGCCAGUUGCAACAUUACAUGAAGGACAGCGCGCAGGUUCUUUCGGACAAACUUUUCAAGAACUCUUCCAAACUUAAUUGCGGGUCUCCAAGUAGCAAGGCGAAAGUUUUUACCUGCGAGGUUUGUGGAAAGGUUUUUAACGCUCAUUACAACCUAACGCGCCACAUGCCCGUGCACACCGGAGCCAGACCAUUUGUCUGUAAAGUAUGCGGCAAAGGUUUUCGUCAAGCCAGCACUCUAUGCCGUCACAAAAUAAUCCACACACAGGAAAAGCCACACAAAUGCAAUCAGUGCGGCAAAGCGUUCAACAGGAGCUCGACUUUGAACACGCAUACACGGAUCCAUGCGGGAUACAAACCGUUUGUGUGCGAAUUCUGCGGAAAAGGAUUCCAUCAAAAAGGUAACUAUAAGAACCACAAGUUGACGCACAGCGGGGAGAAGCAGUUCAAGUGUAGCAUAUGCAGCAAGGCCUUCCACCAGGUGUACAACCUGACUUUCCACAUGCACACGCACAACGACAAGAAGCCGUUCACGUGCCCCACGUGCGGAAAGGGAUUCUGCAGGAACUUUGACUUGAAAAAGCACAUCAGGAAACUGCACGACAGUUCGCCGGGGUGCCAAACGCCAUCGAUUCUUGUUAAUGCAAAAACAGAAGCCCACGAAAGCCAGUGAGAUCAUUUCCCGGUUAUGAAAAUCUACCUUAAAUGGAAAUAUGUAUUCCCGCAUGUGACCAGUGACUGCUUGUGCGAAGUAAUUUGGUGGAUUAUAAUUUUUGGUUAAGACAUCUACGAGCCAUGUAAAUGAUCUUUUUUUUUCAUAAUUACCGUUUUUGCUUUAUUUUUGAGCUCAGGAUUACGUAUUUAAUGAAAGUUUUUAUAUUUAUUUUAGAUGGCAAUUCUAUAAUUUAAAAAAAAUGAAUAUGAGUAUAUAAAGAAAAAUUCUGAUGUUAUACCUGGUGUGCAACCAGCUUCAUUUUAUUAUAAUUUUUAUGGAUAAACUUACAAUAUAAUUCACUGGCUACUUUUUCCAAAAUAAUUCACUGGCUACUUUUCCCCGCUGUCGACGUUUUAUUUGUUUACGUUAAUAUAUGCAUCUGCAGUUUAAAUCCCAGUCAUCCCAGUGUGGUCCUUAGCACAGAAACAAAAAAAAAACUCAAAAUUUAUAUAA